UGAUUUCAAACGGGAAACACGACAGCCUCCAGAAAGAGAGAAGGGAGGGAGGAGACAGACAGAGAGACCCACAUGUCGAGACAAAUUCUGCAAAAAAUAUAGUCCUGACACUCGAAUCUGUGAAAGGAUAGAUCACCUACACGUUUAUCUAACAGUCACAAAGCAGCAGCAGCAGCAGCAGCAGCCGCCGCCGCAGUGGGUUUUUAUUUGAUCUGGAGCUGGUGUCGAGCAGCCAGAGGCGCACAGGCGUUAUGAACCCCUCUGCGGUCACGCAUGUAGAAAAACAGAAGGAGUGAAUCUGAGGCAGCCUUAUCAGCGGUAACCAUGUGUGCGCAGUGGUCCAGCGUGAUGGAGCCGCACAUCCUCGAUGCUUGAGGGGGAGAAAAAAAACACAACCUAAACAGGCUGAGUGUAUUGUAAGUGUCGCCACACCCAUCACAUAAAGCCAGACGCGUAAAAAAAAAAAAAAAAGAGCGAUUUGUGGCGGCGACAUGACAACAGCCGAGGGGUAUGGGUGAGCCGCGGAUGAGUCACACACACCUCCACCAGCUCUUUAUUUAUCAUUAUUACAAUUAUUACGGUAAACCAGUAAAUAGCCGCAGGCUGCUGCUAAUACAUGACACGAGGAAUGAUGCAAAUAAAAAAAAAGAAAAGAAAAAGUGGAUGAAUGGACGAUGGGCGGUGAUGGUGCACGUGGGGCCAGUUUAAGGAGAGGUAUUUAAAGAUGUGGACGCGGCUCUCUGUCAGUGCGCAUGAUACUGCGGUUCCACUACUACGGCACGCUCCAACUCACCUUGAAUCGGCGCACGGCCGCCUCCUCCUGUCAUUCGGGUGCGGGGCGUAAGGAGGGAGCCAAUACACGCCCCAAAGCCUCAAUCAGCAGCCAAUCCAAUGACGGGAGAGGCGGACCUGUGGCUGCAUUCUCACACUUGGUUUCACUAUGCGCUCGUAAAAACGGCUCCGUCUACUACAAACGCGGCGGUGCAGGUGCUCUGUCUCUUCGGGAGAGAGGAUGCGGAUGGAAGGACGGGGGAGGGAAGGGAUGAAGGGAAACGCCACGAGGAAGGAAAAUAGGAUAUGAGAAGGGGCUAAAGAGACGGCGAGGUGCAAGGUCGAAUAUGAGAGAUUGGUUGAACGGGGCACUUUGCGUGGUAAUAGCUGGUCGGCAAUAGUACUAUGAUUUGGUAUGUGGCCACUCUGAUAGCAAGUGUAUUCAGCACCAGAGGAACGGCCGCUCAAGGUGCCCACGGAGUGAGAGAGGAGCCCCGGUUUGUGACGGCGCGCGCCGGAGAGAGCGUGAUCCUGGGGUGUGACGUGUCCCCUCCCCUGGACGGCCAGCAGCCCCCUUAUGUGGUGGAGUGGUUCAAGUUUGGAGUGCCUAUCCCCUUCUUCAUCAACUUCCGCUUCUACCCUCCUCAUGUGGAUCCAGAGUACACUGGUAGAGCCUCUCUGCAUGGGAAGGCCUCCCUGCAGAUCGACCCGGUGCGCUCCGAGGACCAGGGCUGGUACGAGUGCAGGGUCCUGAUGCUGGAGCAACAGUACGACACCUUCCACAACGGCAGCUGGGUGCACCUCACAGUCAAUGCCCCACCUUCAUUUACAGCGACGCCGCCGCAAUAUGUGGAGGCGAAGGAAGGGGGAAGCACUCUGCUUAGCUGCUCUGCCCAGGGAAAUCCAAAACCAAUGAUCAGCUGGCUGAGGGAGGGGGAGGAGCUCGCCACCAACGCAAAAUACUCGGUACACGAUGGCAGUCUGACCAUCCUUGGCAUCACCAGAGAUGACAGAGGGGCGUACACAUGUCGAGCCUACAGUGACCAGGGAGAAGUGCUCCACACUACCCGUCUGUUGGUUCAAGGGCCUCCAUACAUCGUCUCACCACCCGAAAACGUCACUGUAAACAUAUCCCAGAAUGCACUCUUCACCUGCCAAGCAGAGGCGUAUCCCGGCAACCUGACCUACACCUGGUUUUGGGAAGAGGAUAACGUCUACUUCAAGAAUGACCUGAAGCUGCGAGUGCGCAUCCUCAUCGACGGCACCCUUAUCAUCUUCCGGGUCAAGCCGGAGGACGCUGGGAAGUACACCUGCAGUCCGAGCAACAGCCUCGGCAUCUCGCCCUCGGCGUCGGCCUACCUGACUGUUCAGUACCCUGCCCGAGUGAUCAACAUGCCCCCGGUCAUCUACGUCCCACGGAAACUGCCAGGCAUCAUCCGCUGCCCGGUGGACGCAAACCCACCUGUGACGUCAGUGAAGUGGGAGAAAGACGGCUAUCCGCUAAGAGUGGAAAAGUACCCCGGUUGGAGUUUGAUGCCAGAUGGAAGUAUCCGGGUGGCUGAGGCAACAGAAGACUCCCUGGGCACCUACACCUGUGUGCCUUACAACGCCCUGGGUACCAUGGGCAUGUCCCCCCCUGCCACUUUGGUGCUAAAGGAUCCCCCUUACUUUAAUGUGAGGCCUGGGGGGGAGUACCGUCAGGAGGCUGGGAGAGAGCUAGUAAUCCCCUGUGCUGCUUCUGGAGACCCCGACAUACCGAGUAUCACCUGGAGAAAGGUGGGGAAGCCAAGCAGGAGUAAGCACAACAUCCUACCCAGUGGCAGCUUACAGUUUGUGUCCCUCAGCAAGGAGGACCACGGGGAAUGGGAGUGUGUAGCCACCAAUGUGGUCACGAGCAUCACUGCCAGCACGCGUAUCCUAGUCAUCGGCACCAGCCCACACGCUCCUGGCAAUAUCCAUGUACUGCCCUCAACAACCUCUGCUAAUGUGUCCUGGGAACCGGGUUAUGAUGGCGGCUUCGAGCAGACUUUCUCUGUGUGGUACGGUCCAGUGUCAAAGAGAAUGGACUACGGUCCUCACGACUGGCACUCGAUGCCGGUUUCUGGUGCUCAGACCUGGUUGGUGGUGCCAGGACUGGAGCCUGGGACAGAGUACCAGUUCAGUGUGCUGGCACAAAACAAACUGGGCACGGGCCCAUUCAGUGAAGUUGUGACAGUCAACACUGCAGGCUCUCCUCUGGGUACCCCAGAACCACUGGUGCUUCUUACUCCACCACGGUGCCUCACAGCCAAUCGCACGCAGCACGGUGUCCUCCUCACGUGGCUCCCUCCAUCCAACCACUCUUCGCCCAUCGACCGGUACAUCAUGGAGUUCCGGCUCGGGGAGAGGUGGGAGGUUCUGGACGACCUGAUCCCCUCCACUGAGACUGAGCUCAUAGCCAGAGACCUCGUUCAGGAGUCCUGGUACGAGUUUCGAGUGAUGGCCGUCAUGGAUGACCUGAUCAGUGAGAGCAGCAAUGUAGUGGGAGUGUCUAGCACAGAUCCCUUCCCUCCGGCGGAGCUGCCCGACGAGGGGCUGGCGCGGCCUGUGGUGGCAGGUGUCGUGGCAACAAUCUGUUUUCUGGCAGCGGCAGUACUCUUCAGCACUCUGGCUGCGUGCUUCGUCAAUAAGCAACACCGUCGCAAACUCAAACGUAAACCAGAUCCUCCCUUGUCGGUGACACACUUCAGGAAAAGCAUUGAGUCGCCGCUAUCGUCUGGGAAGAUAAGUCCAGAGAGCUCCCCUCCAUCUCGACCGCGCUCUCUUUCCUCGGAGGGUUCCCACGGCCCGGGCCUGUACGUCAGGAAGCUGCCCAGCCCUCAGAGAGAAAAAGACAAAGAGCUCUCCUUCUACAAGAAAACCAAGCGUGCCAUAGCCAGCAAGAAAUACAGUGUGUCCAAACACGAGGCGGAGGUCACCACGCCCAUCGAGCUGAUAAGCCGCGGCCCCGACGGCCGCUUCGUCAUGGACAUCAGCCCGCCUCCUCGCCGCAUCCAGGGCUUCCCCUUCGCCGAGGAGUCCGACAUGUACCCCGAGUUCCGACAGUCCGAUGAGGAGAAUGAUUUUGACCCCGGGCCUCUGCCGCCUAUCAUGCCCACGCUGCGGCCACAGCUCUCCCCAACGUCCUCCAGCCUGGAGUCAACGCAGCCCCCCACCUACAGCCCCCGCCUGCACAGGCCCAUGGAAGGUAUGAGCUUUGCAGAGGGCAGUGCACUUCACGCCUCGGGGCAGGCCCCGGCCUCCCGCUACAGAGGCUUUCCCCAGGGCCCGUUCUAUGGGUAUCUAGGCAGCCGCGCUGAAUCAGGGAUUCCACCGCCAUUCUACAUGCCUGACAUCAGCCCGCGUAGCUCCGCUCUGUCCUCACCCCCAGGCACCGCUGAGGGGCCCUUUGGUUACCCCUCCAUCCCUGAGGAGAGUGGGGAGAUGGAGCACCAUCAGUACACUGCCUCUGGCCACUCUCUGUCUCACACUCACAGCCCUCCUCGCUCACCUGAAAGCUGGCAGCCUCAUGAGUUACCCUUCCUAGGUCUAGAGGGCCCACGCUUCAUAUACCCACCACACCACCCCCUACAUCAUCCCCAGGACCUCCCCGAUCCACCCCCAUACCCUCCUCACUCCCUCCCCCCGAGUCGCCUGCAUCUCUCUCACCUAAAGGAUCCAACGAGCCCUGGACUCCUGCAGCUGGAGGUCCCUGUGGCUCCCCCAGGCAGAGACAGGCCCCCAGGGCCUUCGAGGCGUUUAGCUAUGCAACAGGCCCAGAGUCUCGGCCAUCUCAGACACACGGCCCACGGUGUGGGCGUACCAGUGUUGCCUUACCCUGACCCGGCAGCCCGCGCAGGGAGCCCAAGCACAGCCCCCAGUAGUAGCCCUCAGUCCUGGCUCAGCCCGAGGGCGGGGCGCCGGGCAGACCCCAGCCUACCCCCGCUAGUACUCCAGCCCUCGCGCCUCUCUCCGCUAUCCCAAAGCCCUCUUAGCACCCAGCCAGGUUCCCCCGAUAUCCUAGUGCGGCCCCCUCCGCGCCCCAGCAUCCUCCGCACCUCUCGGUCUCUGGAGAUGCACGAGCUCACCCUGCAGCCCUCGGCCACUGUCAGUUUCUCCCGGAGGUCCUCCCUCUCCGCCUCCCCCACUCAGAGCCAGGGAGCCAAGCAACCCAGCCCCAGUUACCACGCCCACAUGUCCUAUGCCUCCACUGCAGCCAGUUACCCCUCCCAGUCCCCUUCUCCCCCUCCAGAGGGCAGGGAUGUUUUCGGGCAGAGGCCAUCCCAGAGAAGGACAGAGGAGGAGAUGCUACCCUCAGAGCCCUCCCAGCUCCAGAUAUCAGCCUCAGGGGAACCUCUAGGUGCGUCUAGCGAUACUGCCGGGUCUGAGAGCUUACCAGCACUGCUACACCACUGUAUUACUAAAGCCAAGGGAGUGGCUGCCAACAACAAUAACAACACAACCUCCGGAUGGAGAACAGGUGUGUCUCCCUCUCAGACCCAGCAGCAAUCUCAGACCGCCCGAGAGCGAGAGGAUCUUAGCUUCCACAGAAAGAGAAAAAGGCAAAACAAGAAGAACCCCUAUCUCUACUUGACCUCCUUCCUGCGCCGCAGGCAGUCUGAGGAGGACCAGACGGGCAUUCUGGCCAGUGCAGACUCUGAGGGUCCAAACUAUGGGACCCUACGCUGACCCGUCUGCCCACCAAGCCAUUGGACUCGACUAAACCUACGCCUCCUUGAACGCCCCACCUCAGCCCUCCGUGCUCCAAACAGAUCAAAAUAUUUCUUAUAGUCUCUAAACGCCCGUGUGUGUGUGUGUGUUUGAGGAGCGGGAAAAAAAACAUCGAGCUGAACACUCUUGGGGGUUUGGAAAAAAAUCUCACCUGGAGACAAGAACUUUUCUGAGUCGUCACCGCUCCUUGUCUCACUUGAAAUCGCUCUGAAGAAAAAAAAAAAAGAAAUAUAUAAUGUAUAUAAAUAGUAAAACAAGGGAAUUAAGCUUCCUCCUACAGUAAUAAAAAUGUGUUGGUUGAGUGCGUCGCAACACGUUAAAAGAUUUUCCACUCACUUGGUCAUUGAGGGGUCCAUAUGUUUAGGUUUUUCAGUGAUACAGCGUACUGUUAAGCCUGGUGCGUCCUCGGACAGGGACAUGAGUCUACCUUUCCUACAAUACAAAUAGUGUCAGUAUUUAAACACAGGGUUCUUACCACAAAAUAUACCUCAGAGUAAACGCAGAGUUGCUGUAAUUCUUGUGGUAUACUGUACGUACUUGACCUUUUUACAAAGGUUUAUAUCACACACACACACAAACACACACAAACAAACACACACACCGCUCCCAUUCAGACAAUACGGCCUAAUCUAAUUUAGACGCUUUUUAUUAUCAGCGGUAGCCGGUGUUUCUUUUGGUUUGUGAGCCGAUGCCAACCAUUAGAGGACAGUGUCUUAAUUUUGUUCGCUGCAGCGCUGCAACGCAACCACACACAAACUCGCGCGAGAGUGAGAGAGUGAGAGAGUGAGAGAGAGAGAGAGAGAGAGAGAGAGAGAGAGAGAGAGAGAGAGAGAGAGAGAGAGAGAGAGAGAGAUCUCGCCAAAUAAUUUGGGACUAAAAUGCUCAGCAGAGUUCGGACUUGAAGGCUCAGAAGAACCGGGUGGCGAAAUUGUGAAAUGUACUGUAGUAGUAUGUGUUUGGUUAUUAAGGAAUCAUUUGUGAAAUGUGGCACGUCUCGAGGUGCCUUUACUUUGCCUUUUUCUCUAUUUGUUUUCUUUCUAUUUUUCUUUUUUUUAUUAUUCUAACAUAAACUGCCUUUUUCCUUCGCCUUCUCAUAACCUGUCUCUCUCGCGGGAGUGACGGACUCCAAUAUCAAGUGUAGUUUUUACUUUUCUCUGCCAAGGACUCAUGAGACGAAAUCCUAUGCGGGACGAUGCAUAACUUUUCAUUUUACCUGCUUCAACUGUGUAUAUCCAAGUUUAAAGGACAGAAUACCUGUAAAGAUUUUUUUUCUUUUUUUUUAAACAAAAAAAAAACAAAAACGCAGAUUGGAAAUAAAUCAAUACGUUUUUGCUGUAGUGGAGAAGCACUGUACAUGCAAAAUUAUAUUAAAAAAAAAAGCUACAGUGAGGGAUGUUAAAGGAGAAUGUGACUGCUAUCAUAAAGCAAUGGGAAACACUCAAAAAAAAAAAAAAUGGCCACCCUGACUGUUUAUCUUCAACUGUAUAUUACUUGCUAGCUACUUUCUUUGUAUGUUUGUUCAUUUUUCAACACUAACCGAUAAUGAAUGUAUGUUUUGCUGUACAGGAAAUGAAUGUCCCAAUGUCACGGUACAUUGAACGGCCCCGGUAUAUAUCGCGUUAAGUCCUAAAUUCCUGUUUGCCGUCCCGCUACACAACUACAAGAAAUACCCAAACUGUUUUUGUUUUUUUUAUUAUUAUUAUUAUUUCAUUUGUUUUUAUUUUUAAAGCUAGUUCAAUCGCUCCGAGACAUAUCAAGCAGAUUUCCAACAAAUCAGACGUUUUCCUCCAGACACCCACGUGAAUGAAUCGACUCAAUGUCUGCUUACUGAAAUCUUUUGACGAGUGAGAAAGUUGUUGAUUGCCUGAACGCAAGCGUCAAAGUGCAUAUUCUACUUUAGCUGAAUUGGUUUCAUGUAAGAUAUGGAGAAAAAAAAAAACAAAAAUAAUCUAUAUUUGUUAUGUACUGUACAUGGUGUGUAUUGUAUUUGUAAAGAGAAACCGAGACCAUGUUUUACAGGAAGACGUUCUUGUAACGAGGAUGUAUUGAAAAAGGAGACGGGAGGGGGUGCGGGGGGGAAGUAAAAUUAGGAAGAAAAAUUAGAUUAUAUAUGAAAAAGUAUUUGCUUACAGUACGGCUUUAAGUGGAUAAUGUUUUUAAAACAUUUUAAGGUGCCUAAUUUGUCAUACUUUAGCAGACGUUAUUUUAUCUGAGAAGAAAAAGAAUACUUAAUGUCAGUACCGUACCGUGUAUUAUUACUAUUAUUAUUAUUAUCAUUAUUAUUAUUAUUAUUAUUAUUAUUGCCAUAGCCCGCUGGCUGCACAAGCUGAGUAGUAUUUUCUCUGAUGUAUAGUACGUGAAUGAACAUUGGAAACAGCUUUAGAAGCAGAAGUGUGUUGCCCUCUAUAAUAUCCCUGGAACAAAGUUAAAACUGUAUUUCGCCCGUACAUGAGCACACAUGUAGAUCCACUCCAGAUCCUCUCCGCCUUCACGUGUCCAAAGCAAAUAAAACUUUUUUCUAAGAGUCACGGGGACAUGCUAUAGUCAUGUACAAUACGUGCUGUGGAGGAAAAUUGUGUUUACAUUAGUUCGAUGAAGACAAGUGUGUUAGGGCGUAGUUGCUUUGAACAUUACGACUUGGUGCUAUGUUUAACUUUGUGGUGCUGUAGAAUAGAGGUCUGAAGAUAUAAAUAUAUUUUUUCUUUUCUUUUCCACACGAGCAACUCUCUCGGCCCUGUGUGUUUGAGCAACUAAACUAGACACUAUAGGUCAUAACAUGGUGUGAUAGACAAUACUGGAAAGUAGUCGUAUAACCUCAGAUAAUCGUGACAUUCAAAUGAACUCGAGAUGACCUGUUUUCUAUGGUGUGUUUGCAAUGUCUGUCUGUGCUUCCAAGGUACCCUCUCUAAAGUAUAUUUGUGAUGAGAAUAUUAACCCAGCCUAAAAGGAGAAACAUAACCUGAUUUAGAUUAGCGCUCGCCACGAGAAAAAAAAACAAAAAAAAAAAAACACGAGGGAGGGUGGGAGGGAGGGAGUCGGAGAGCAGGUCACCUGGGAAUCUUUUUUCUACCAGUUCCUGUAGUUUCGUUCGACAGCACUGUUUUUCAAGCACACUACUGCAAAGGGGCGCCGCCUCCACCGCCGCCGCCGCCGCCGCCACCUCACAUCAUCCCGCCACGUUUCUGAAGUAGAAUCCCUACUAGUACUGUACAGUAUAGCCAUGAGUAGUCAUCGGUUUGUAUUUAUUCUCCAGGUGUAGAAAGGUAUUGGGAAAAGCUCAUACAUCCUCCCCAUUGGGUUUUUACAAACGGAUGUCGUCUUCCGGGCUUUCUUUUUCUCUUCUUUUAAUUUAAUUUUUUCUUUUUUUUUUUUGUAAUUCGCAUAUUCAACAGAAACAUGUACAGUGUUUAAGAGGGCUGCUUUGGACGUACUGUUAGCUCAGUUUUUAUUAUUAUUUUUUCUAUUUUUCUGCUUACAGCUUUUAGUGCAUCACUAGGUGCCGGUACUUAGAUACUUAGAACAGAUUUGAUUUUUUAUUGUAUUAAUCUUGCAUGUAGAGACAAUACAAAGAAAAAAAAAAUACAACAAACGCCUAUUUAGCAAUCAUUCAUGGACAUCUGAGCUGGUUUGUUAUUGGACGGAAAAUAGAAAUAUGUAGUAUUUUCUAUAUUCUCUGUUUUUUCAUGUGUACCAGCACUGAGAAACUAGAAUGUAUUAUUAUUCUUAUGGUAGGCUACAAUAAGCACUACAUCGUUGACUGUUUUAGCUCAUACUCAAGCAAGCCACGUAGUGCUUAAAGGAAAAAAAAAAAGAACAAAAGACAUUUCAUUUCAUCCACUGAACUCUGUGCUGUACAUCACAUGUUUACAUUCACCGUCAUACGUUCAGUUUUAUUUUUUUGUGUCUCCAUAAUGUUCAUAUGUAAAUACUUCAAAGGAAAAAAACAAAUUUUUUUUCUAAUUAUUUUACUUUUCUCUGUUUUAUAUAACCUGAUGUGUUUUUUUUCUGUCACCUCAUCAUCAGGUAUUUAACGCUUCACUUAACUUUUCGUGAGCAAUUAACUCAUACUGUAUGGUGCUGUACCAAAGCCUUAUGUAUAAUAUUUGUAUUCCUUUUCUCUUAUUUUUUGGUUUGUUUGUUUUCUUUGUUUUGUUUUUGGCCACUGCUGUCCAGUGAAUUCUGUCUCAGAUCAUGUCUUACUCACUCUUCAUGUUCAACUGCCAUGGAUCUUAUUUCUUUACUGAGUGAACAGAAAACUGAAUGAACUAUGAUGUAAAACAAAAAAAAAAAAGGAAAAAAAAAAGAUGUACAGCGACAGUCGCCGUCACAAGCCUUUAUAGGGAAAAACGCACAGGCUCGCUCUGGGUGGCUCAUCAUGACGUAGACAUGGGCCUAGCACAUGAUCUAUGCUCUAUCUAUGGCAUGUCUGUGAGAAUAUGAAAGCAGUGUUGUAUUCAUGUCACCAUAUCAUUUCAAAUGCUUAGUCCCAUAUGAAAUUUUCCUCUCAAAUUUUUGUAUUUUGAUAUAAUAAAAAAAUGAAAAGAGGUUUUAUUAA